AUGAUAACUUACCUCUUCCAACCCUUUUCUACAAUUUAUAUUGCUGAAAUCACCUUAAAACACUCCAAUAAACCUCCACCCUCAUCAUGUAAACAUACUUUCUUUUCCAUUGUUCAUCCGCUUAAUCACUAUAAACCCUCCGUAUUGCACGACAACACAACAAACAAAAAAAAACAAAAAAAAAGUUGUCCCUAUUGUAAAAAAAAAUCCGACAACAGAAAAUUCCAUCACCAUGAUCUCGAACAAGACUUUAUAUUCUUCAGUUGCACUUCCAUUUUUUCCGAUUCUAGCUCUGGAGGAUUCUCCUACGACACAGACUCCUUAUAUUGCACGAAGUCACGUGCCUCGUCGGGUUUCAUCCCACUGAGGCCUAAACCGGUUAGAACAAGGCGAGUCAUUCAGAUUCGAAAGCGAGAAACAAAGGAAUCACGUUUUCAACUGUUAUCCUCGAAUUUCAGAAACCAAACACGACACAAAAAAUCGUAG